GUGGAGAGAGAAAAGCGGGAAGAUGGCAGUUGGUUUGGUUGCCCAGAUAGAGGGGAACAGCCAGUAUUACGGGUCAUACUACAUAUAUUCUCGUUUUUAAUGUCACUUUAUUUAUAAACAAGAAUAACAACAACACGAGGCCCAUUCCCCGCUGUUCACCCCUGGGCUUCUCCCCGGGCACACCGGCCCUCUCCUCUCCCUCCAGCCUCAGCCGCGCCUGUUGCUAGGCGACCGCUGACACCAAGGGCAAAGGCCUAGCCUGGGCCACAUCCCAAAAUGGCCGCCGGGGGAGGCGCCGCCGGCGACGACGGGUGGCUUUUGCGUCGCCUCGCUUAAAACCGCCGCGGCGGGUGCGGAGGAGCGGGGUGGGGGGUGGCGGCGGGAGAAGCGUGGGCCUUGGCGCAAGCGUGCUGCUGCUGCGGCCGCCGCUGUCAGGCUCGUCGGCUGCGGAGCGUUGCUGUGGCGGCGGCGGCUGGUGCUGCUGCUGCUGCUGGUGGUGGGCGGCGGCUUUCCCAGGCCCCUCCGCCUCCCCGAAAAUGGCGAGCCACCUGCCGCCGUGCGUCGUGGACGGCGGCACCGGGUGAGUGAAGGCGGGCGCCGGCCUCAGGCGUUGCGCGGCGGCCCCCAAACCCUCCUCUCCUUCGCCCCAGAAUGGGCACCUUCUCUCGGAGAACUGGAGCCAGCCCCCUCCUUCCACCACCAAGGCCCUUCCAUAUAUAGCCCCCUUUCCUUAGCAUGUUCUAUUUCACCCCUAAAAAGACUCGCUGCCUCUCCUCUCGAUCUCCUCUUUCCAUCUCGGGGUUGCCCAUGGCAUCCUCUCCCUGCCAGCAUCUUCCCACCCUACCCCAAAUACUGAUGCGGCUUAGUAUUUGACCCCCUUCUCCCCAGGGUGGGGGUACGUGUUCUCAUUGUCAACCCCCCAGCCCAAAUUCCAUCCUUGCCACAACCAGCUUUGCCUUUUCGUCUUUCUCUUCCACCCACUCAGGGAUGCUUGCUGUUAGGCUAACCUCCUCCGGCAUCUUCCCUUCCCCAAAGGAUGUGAGAUUUCUCUUGGUACCUCUUCUCCCCUUCCUGCCGCUAUAGUGUCAAGUUUUAAUGGCCUAUUUAUUCCUUGAAAACAGCCGAAAGAGAUUAGUGAAGGGUUGCACCCCAGGGUCCGUUCGCUCUCCCUUCUAUCCUUGAUGCCUUCGGUGGCCUCUAUUAAUAAGAAGUCAUUUCGGCACAUUUCGGUAAGCAGUAUAUAAAUUUAAAAAUAAUAAUAGCUGCUUUGCUUUAUCUCCUCUAGAAAUGCCCCUUCAUCUCCGCAGCUUUAAGAAGCAAGUCUCUGUCUAGGUUUCCUUCUUAUGAACAGAGGUGCCAGGAAUCUGAAAUCCUAAGGAUUCUCUGUUCUGCCCUUCCGGCUCUCUUGUCCUCCAUUGCCAGUGCUUUCAAAGUGUCCAAAAUGAACUCAUAAUACUUCUCCCCACCCCCGCCUCGCUAAUUUGUGCCAUCCUUGUUUUACACAAACAGCACACCCUCCCCUGAACCAAGGCUAUCUCCAAAGCAACCAGGGCUAUCUCCAAAGCAACCAACCACCUUUCAUUUUGUUCUCUCGUUUAAUGGUGUAUUACCUGGAUUGACCUUCAUCAUGCUGUUGAGGCACCCUUAGCUCUGCACGCAGUCCAUGGAUUCUCUGCCUGCCAUACCCACAAUUUAGCAUAUUUAAAAUGAUUGCCUCUGUUGGGUUUCUGCCCUACUGUCAUCCCUUUUGUUCUUCUGAUCCCUUGUGGAUUUUCUCCCAGUUAUAUUAUUUUGCCAGCUUUCCUACCUCUUAAACUCUUCCUCCAACCUCAUAUUUCAUAUAUUUUGAUAUGAUUGAUUGUAUAUUCAGAAGAUGUUGAGAAUAUGCUGGCAUGUUGAGGCUCCCCACCACUUGGUCAGUUUUUGGAAUUUGUUGAAGGAGUUUCUUGUAGGAAACAGAAAGUGUUUUAUAUGUACAGUGUGAUGAUGUUAUCCUUCCCUCUCUCCUCACCUUUUCCCUUAUGCAAAUGACAGGGUUAAAUCACAAAUUCAUUUCAAAAUCCAUCUCUUAAGCCAGAAUGUAAAGCCCUUGUACCCCACCCAGUCCCCCACCCUCUGUUUUCUUGCUUAACCUCCUGUAGAAGAAUUGGUGACUAUAGAAGCUUUUGGUCAUACAUGCUAAAGCAUUUGAUUCUCACAUUGUGGUUUGAUCUAUAUAACAUUGAAAUUUAUCAGUGUUAUAAGCCUGCAAUUAUCUAUUCAUUGAAUACUUUUUGAAAUGCAUGUGCAUACCUGCAGUUGUAUGCUACAGGUUGUAUAAAUCUUUGAUUUACAAAAUCUCUUGCAGCUUUCUUGUAAAAGGGGAAAAAUCAAGUUUUUAAACCCAUAUUGGUUUAAAAGAAAAGUAAUGGUGGGGGAAGGUUAAAACCAUAGGGCUGGAUCUUUGUUAGUCACACUUGGUUCUAAUUAAAAUAAAUGACACUUAAAUUCAUCAUGAAGCAGUUGUUACAUUGAUAUUAAGGUGAAGGUGAACUCACUGCAGCAACAUUAGUCUGGAACUGACUCAUAGAAGCAACAGGUGGAGGGGUGAUAAUUCCAGUAGUCACUGGGUAGGGGAAUUUUUGACUUAGUAUGGUUCUUAUUUGUAGCACUUGGACAUGUGCAGCUUGUCACUUUCUAGCGCUGCAGAUGAGGAUCUUCUUAAAUUACCACCUCUCUGUACAACUGUUAAAAGGUUUUUUUUUUGGUAUAUGGUCACCAGAUGGGCAACAAUGUAGUUCUUCCUGUGUUUGGAAUAAUAUUUACCCAAGUUACAACCCUUCUUUUUGAAGUCCUCUUGCACAUGCAUCCCCAAAUCCCACAACUACAAAUUCUGCCAACACCCUCCUGAAAGCCCUGCCCAAUUUACUCCACACACACUUCACAUUUUGCAAGUGUAUGAUUGGCCAAGUUUGCCAAGAAGGCAAACCCCUCUUACGUCUGGCUGGCAUGCUGGAGACUUGCCACUUUCCAGGCUUUCUGGCAAGUGCUGGCUGAUCACCUAAAGUUCCUGGAUUGCAGGAUUCCUGGGUUGUAGCCAACAAAUUUCUACUUGGAGCAGAUCCUUGAUAAUUAAUGGAUGUAAGCAGUGGCGUAGCGUUGGUUGUCAGCACCCGGGGCAAGGCAAGUAAUUUGCGCCCCCUAACCCUAACCCCCAGAUGUUGCGCCCGGUGCGGCCAGCCCCCCCUGCACCCCCCACGCUACGCCACUGGAUGUAAGUUAAGCAUAUCUAUUCAUUUUUGUUGGUUUGUUCUGAAUUUGAGUAACACUGGAUAGAACUCUCUUAGGAAGUGCACAUGUGCCAUAUGGUAGGAACUGUAUAGCAAUUGACCAGUGCUUUCUUGCCAAGACAUAUGAUUGAUGUCACAGUCACAGAUAAGCAAGUCCUAGUUGAGCAAGUAAGGCUGGAGUCUGUGUCAGUCUCCAUCUGUUGCCAGGAGAGUAUGAAACCCACAAAACAUUGUGAAGAUGAUUAAUUUUGACUGUAUCUUCAGUAUCCAUAUGGAAUCGAGAAGUGAUGCCAAUAAAGGUUUGAUGAUGAUGAUGGAAUCGAGAAAAAGUGUAAUAAAAAUAAUUUAGGUGUACAGUAAAUUGGAUUUCCAAUGCCAGGAUGCCUGUGUUAUCAACAACAACUGUUUUUAUGAUGACCACUGUUAACAUAAUUGUUGUUUUUCUGCAUUUAAUUUCCUUCUGACCUUAUUGUUUACAACCUACCACAAACACUAUACCUGCAACUCUAGGGAGCACUUCAUGCAUUGAAAUCCAUUGAAACUUAUGCCAUAAUAGAUUUGUUAGACUUAAAGGUGCUGCAGGACUCUCUGCUGUUUCGUGUUAUAGCAGGCUAGCACAACUGCCUCUCUGGAAAUUCAGCACCAUGCUUCUAAACAGCAAUGCCUCUUCCAAUGCCCCUCUCUCACAGCCCAUUGCAUUUAUUUUUAGACUUUCCUUUUUAAGUAACAUGACCAAUAAACGACUCUAACCAGACUGUAAAAGUCUAGGAGAAAAAGGCUUGGAUCUAUCCUAUUUUUAGUGCCUCCUCAGGGCUUGGGUGUGCCCAUAGAGCACUUGGCUUUUAGAGGACACAACACAAGCUACUUUUAAAACAUUGCUCCUUUUGAAAGAUUAGCCAUGCAAAGUGGGGGACCAGGGUUUGAGAAACAUGAGUCCAAAGCCCUGCUGGACACACAUAGCUAGUUGUCCGGUUCUUGUGAUCUGGGCCAUUUGGUUUAAAAUACGCAAAUUAAGUGUAGCUGCACAAUUUGUGAUAGUAUUCUGAUGUCAGAUGUUGGUUUUUGUGCUUACAGGUGGAAUUGACUUUUUCCUUUAGUGUAGAAUUCCAGAGACUAGUUUUGCUCUCUAGAUGCUAUCUGUAGUAUGUACACACACUCUUGUUAAUUUAGGAAAUGAAAAUGAGUUCUUCUCUGAAAUCUUUUUCGCCCCCUCUUUCCUUCUUCAAAUGAUUUGGAAGAUCCAUUUGUUUCGGUUUUAUGGUCUGCUCUAUGCUGGAAGUUCAGAAUAUGUAGAAAAGUAAAAAUUCUAAUCUAUCUGCUUAUUUAAACCUGCUCACCGGAAAGCAGCCCCAAUAGAGAGAAUAUUGAUAAAAAAUAAAAUAAAAACAAAUGCUGGUUUGGAUGUGGCAAGUGGGAAAGUUCCAUAAGUGGGGGAGUAACUAAAAAUGCCUUUCUGUCUGCCCUUCUGUCUCUGCUUGGUACAAAGCAGGCCUCCUUGAUGGACCAUGGAGAUUGCACAGUGGAGAAGGUGCUCUCCUUGGUAUUUGGCUAAUGUUAAAAUCACACGGAGAGCAGAGGAGACACAGGCUACAGCAAGGCCGUGGAUUAGCUAACAUUUUGCUUGGAGGGGGCAGUCAGAGAUCUCAUAGAAUUGUAGAGUUGGAAGGAGCCAUGAGGGUCAUUUAGUCCAACCCCUCCAAUGCAAUAAUCUUUUGCCCAACAUGGGGCUCAAACCCACAACCCUGAGAUUAAGAGCCUCAUGCUCUACCGACUGAGCUAUAAAAAGCAAUUAGUGGAUAAACCUAACAGGUGUUUUCAAGAUGCCAUUAAAAUGCCUCCCCAUAAUUUGAGCAUUUGUGUAAAAUUUUUAUAGGACAAAAUGAGUUUAGUUUGAAAAAUGUCAAAUUGCGCAAAAAACUAUGUGCCUGAAAUUUUUCUAGUUCUGGAAAUAAGCAUAUCAUUAUUGUAAGCAUUUGUAUGUUGACACUGAGUGCUGCCACACUAAAUUAUUGAUUUCUUAUAUAUGUAGAACAAGUACUGUAUUAUGUGGGACCUAUAACAGUGCCAUUUCCACAGAUUAGUGGUUGAAUAGGCACAUAUGGGGUAAGGUGAUCUCACAAGUAAACUGGCCCCAAGCUGUUAAGGGCUUGAUUUUACUGUUUUAUCUCUUGUAAACCACUAGGAAGUGUUUUGUUUUUGUUGGGUUUUUUGCAAAAAUCAAGUGGAGUAUAAAUUAUAUUAAAUAAAUAAAACAAGCAAUUAAAUAAUAAAAAAUACAACACCUUGUACUUGGUCUGGUAGCAAAUCAGCAACCAGUUUCUGGUCUUUGAGCAAAGAUAAUUACUUGCUGAAAGGGUUUCACUCUUGCCAGCAAUUGUGUUGCAGCACUAAUUGAAGCUUCCGGAUCAAGCGCAAGGGAUGCCCCACAUAGAGAACAUUGCAGUAAUCCAGACUUGCAGUAACCUGUGCAUGAACUACUGUAGCCAAGCUUUCCUGGGCCAGGAGCAGCUAUAGUUGUACCAGGCGCAGCUGGUAAAAGGUGUUUCUAGCCACUGAGGCUUCUUGGGCCUCCAGUGACAAAGAUUGAUCCAGAAGCACACCCAGAGUGUAAACCUAGCCCUUCAGGGGGAGUGUAAUCCCACCCAGGGUAGAGAGUUGACCAGUGUCUCAGACAUGGAAACCACUCACCCAUAGUGGCUCCAUUUUGCCAGCAUUCAAGCUCAGCUUGUUUUCUCAAAUCUAUCCUGCCAAUGCUUCCAGGCACCUGUCCAGGGACUUCAUGGCCUCUCCCAACUCAAGAUGUUACGGAGAAAUAAAGCUGAGUGUUAUCAGCAUAUGGAUGGCCCCUGGCCCAAAAAUUCCUAACGGCCACUCCCAGUGGCUUCAUAUACAUAUUAGCUAGCACUGGAUAUAAUAAGAUAGUGCCCUCUAGACACCCCAACUAAGCAGUCUUCAGAUGUGAGCCCUUUAGAUUGCAGGCAUGUGUUUCAUUAGUAGAACCCAAAAUGGUUUCAGCAAUUGCUUGAUCCUUUGAUUAAUAACCACUCAUCCUGUAUCUCAUUCCCUGGCCAUGAUUUUAAUUUUUUAUUUUACUUCAUUUCUUCUACCUAAACGCACUGUCUGCCAGGUUCUGCUCCUCUUUCAGUUGUAUAAAUCAUCUCUCUCUCUGACAAGUUUCCCUAGCGAUCAGUUUACAUGCCCCUGAUUUCACAUGGUCAGAAUGAUCUAUAUUAAGAUUGUUUGGAAUGACAUGUGCCUUGAUGUUGAAGUCAAACUGCAUUUCAUAUUAACUGUUAGUUUCAGCAGUGUAAGGUCUCCUUGGGAGCCUUAUAAAUUUGUAGUGUUGAGGCCUUGCUGAAUUUGGAUUAAGGGUGUGCCCCUAAACAUACAUGCCUGGGGAACAAGUCCCACUGGAAUUGGUGGGACUUAUUUCUAGGAAAGCAUGCUCAGGACUCUGCUGUAAAUUAAUACAACUUCUAAAAGUGGUGGUAUAUUAUCAUUGUUAUUUAUUCGUUUUCUAUGCUGUCUUUCAUCUGAAGAUCACAAGGUGGUUUGCAAUAUAAAAAGAAAAAAUAAUGCCCACUCCACAUAAUUGUUUAAUUAACCAAAGGCCUGGGAGAAGAGGAAUGAUUGCCUGGCGCCCUUGGGAGAGCAUUCCACAAGCAGGGGGCCACUGCAGAAAAGGCCCAUUCUCAUGUUGUCGCCCUCCAGACCUCUCAUGGAAGAGGCAUGUGAAGGAGGGCCUCAGAUGAUGAUGGCAAGGUCUGGGUCGGUUCCUAUGAGGAGAGGCAGUCCUUGAGGUGUUGUGUUCCUGAGCCAUUUAAGGCCUUAUAAGUCAAAACCAGCACUUUCAAUUGGGCCUGGAAAUGAAUUGGCAGCCAGUGCAGUUGGACCAGGAUUGGCAUGAUUCCCCCACUUUCAGACCACCCUCUUCCUGCCCUGUUGAGAAAACAAGGUCACUCUAGAGUGUGCCUUGCAUUGAGCAAGAGACAUAUCAGUACAGCCCCAUGGUUAUCAUGGAAGCCAUGAAGUCCUAAGCCACCUCAGGACCAGUCGCUUCAGCAUGGAUGUUGAAGUCCCCCCAAACCAGCAGUCUGUGAGUCCUCAGUACUGCCUCCAAGACCAGCUCUGUCAGCUCAGGUUGGGAGACUGCUGGGCAGCGAGGUGGGUGGUAAACCAGCAGAAUCUCUAAUCUGUCCUGAUUGCCCAGUGUCAGAAACACACAGUCUAGAUCCCCCCACAACUUGACAGAGACCCUGGAGAGAGAGAGUUUCUAUAGACAACAGCAGCUCCCCUUCCCUGGCCCUCAAGUUGGCCCUGAUGCUGCCCCGAGUACACCAUAGACCAGAGCUUUCCAAACUUUACAUGUUGGUGACACACUUUUUAGACAUGCAUUAUUUCAUGACAUGGCAAUUCAAUUUUACUAGCAUUUUAUGAGAGGCAUAGCGGUCCUUGAUGAGGUCCUCAGAUUGUCUCUUGAAGAACAGGGUUAAAACUGUAGCCUGGUGAAAUGGUUACUGGUUUUUACCUGGUUGAAGGGACCUAUCCUUGCUUUGCCAGCCAACUUACAGACUUUCAGGGAAUAUACCUCAUCACCUUUGGCUACCAAGCGAGUUGUUAAAACACAAGGCUAGUCCAAACACUAAGUGUUGUGUGAGUCACUAAUUAUACAGUAUUUUGUGUAGCACAUUUGUAUAACAGCAGCUUUGUUGUUCCACAAUACGCAUUUGAAGACUGGUUCACUUUCUUAUUUUAGGUAUACAAAACUGGGUUAUGCAGGGAAUACAGAACCACAAUUCAUUAUCCCAUCAUGUAAGUAAUUUUUACUCUUCGUUAUAAAAUAUGUGCUGAUUGAUGAAGAGAGGCGACUGCUUUUCAGCUCUCUAGCUCAGCUUUCUUUGGGUGGAGUACAUUUUGCUCUUUUUUGAGAAAUGGUAUUUACUACACUACUGUGCUUGGCUAGUGGAUAACUGAAGAGAAAAGCUUGCUUUCCUUCUUUGCCAGGUCCAGCCCUCAUUAGACCAGUUUCUGGUUGCUAUGACAAGUCCUGUUUCCUGCCUAUCUCCAUUGUGUUGCUGCCAGGGAUCUGCCUUAGCAGACAAGGGACUUCCUCUUUACCUGGCACCAUGGAUACAACUUGAAUAAUCUUCCAGUCCAUUUAUAUGCUGAAUUGCAGAUGCCACCUGGCUGUGAAAUUGUACAUAUUUGGCUAGGAUUUUAGAGUUUAGAAAAGGGUGGUGUUAAUGGGAUGGCGCCUUGUAAUUCUUUUAAUGUAGGUAUUGCAAUAAGAGAAUCGGCAAAAGUUGGUGACCAAGCACAGAGGAGGCUUACCCAAGGCAUUGAUGAUCUAGACUUUUUCAUUGGAGAUGAAGCCGUAGAUAAACCUACCUAUGCUACAAAGGUAAGGCUGGAGUAAAAAAUGAAGCACCCUUCAAACAAAAGAAAGAAAGAAAGAAAAGAAAGGAAGAAAGAAGGUGUGGGGUAGGCUGAUCUUUGCUCUUGCAAGAUGUAGCUCUGUAGGCUGUUGCAAGAUGUAGCGCAGUUCAGUUUAGUGAGGACACAUGUUUUUAACCAAUCUGAUUCCACAAUACUUCUUUUAUGGAUGUGUUGUUAAGAUGUAGCAACCUCAGAGUGUAUGACCAAUGCACAGAGGGUAUGACCAAUGCACAGAGAAGAAUUGGGGAUUUGAGAGUUCUGAUUUGAUUAUCCUUUACCACGCAAAAGUAUCUUGCUCCUUUAAUUACCUCCACUCUUCCUCUUUUGCUGCCCUAUAUGCUUGAAGCCCUUCCCAGUACUUGGUGCCUCUUUCCUUCAAAUCUCUCUUUAAAACCUGUGAAGUCUUUAGCUUAACCCUUAGUCCUUACUUCCUUUUCAUUUCAAUCAAGGUUAUGUGUACAUAUGUAUUUGUCCCCUGUUACCCUUGCCUUUCUCUUUACUUCUCUCUUCUCUCUCCUGCUGUUGCAACCUAGACUGCAAGCUCCUUGCAUAUGUGACUCCAUAAGCCAUGGCACUGUGUCUACAUGUUUUGUUCAAGUUUAUGUUGGCUUUCUCCUGAUCAGGCAGAGGCCAAGCAUUGCAAGGGUUCUUCCCUUCCCAUGCUGCGUCUCCUGUCUCCCGUCCUGGUACUGUUGCCUUUAUGACUGCUGUCUGAGUUAAGGUAUUGCAAAGGACUUUGAGAGCGCUCUCACUUGGUGUAUGUAGGGCAUGGCAAGGUCAGAGCACACACUGCCUUGACAGUUUCAUAUUAUUUGCCAACUGAAAGCCAUUGAAUGAUGAUGUGUACACAGAACAUGGCAUGCAAAGGGACUCUUCCCUUCAGCAUUUCAGUGUCAGGCAUGCCUUGUUUUUCUUAUUUGGAAGCCAAUUGGGCCCUGCUCAUAAUGAGUUCCUUGUGUACAGCGUGUCUGCUGGAUUGAGACAACAGAAUAUAAACCUACUCAUUUUAUGCAAAAGGGACAUGCUUUUCAGUAGUGUGAUAUUUUUCCAUUUACCUUUGCUUCAGUGGCCUAUACGACAUGGUAUUGUGGAAGACUGGGAUCUUAUGGAAAGAUUCAUGGAGCAGGUUAUUUUUAAAUAUCUUCGAGCUGAACCAGAAGAUCACUACUUCUUGAUGGUAAGAGGAACAGGCCAAAGGUUUGCCAUUCUUAAAUGUAUGUUUUACAACUUUUUUAAAAACUGGGGAAUAGUUAGUCCCAUGUUCUCUUAGGUCAGUAUUCCUCAUCUUCUCCCCUGUGGAUGUUUUGGACUGCAUUGUCCCUGAUGGGGCUGAAUAGCAUUGCAGUACAAACAUCUAGAAGGCACCAGGUUGGGGAAGGCUGUCUUAGAUUCACAUAUCUUUAUAAAAACAGCACUGCUAAACACACACACACAGUGUCAAUUCCAAGUUUAAUAAAAUGUGUUUUAUGCUUUUAUAAUUUAAUAAUAUCUUUUAAAAACAGACUGAGCCACCACUGAAUACUCCUGAGAACAGAGAAUACCUCGCGGAAAUCAUGUUCGAAUCUUUUAACGUGCCAGGACUUUACAUUGCGGUUCAGGUAAACAGUGAAUCUCUCUAACAGUGAACAAUAUCUUCGCAGAAUAAAGUAUGGACAUCUCUGCGCGUAUUACCUAAAUUAAGGGUUUUUAGAGUGUGACGGUUGCUUUAAUUUGGAGGUGAAAACUUUUGUUAGAUGUGAUGAAAUCCAUAUUUACUUAUUUGGUGCUUUUUUAUCUAUUGUUCAGCCAAAAAGGCUUCUUACAAAAAGCACCUUACAAACAAUAAGUGAGAAAUGAUAUAUUUGCAGCCUGUAGGUUUGCAAUUUAAAGGAUGGAAAAUCAAAGGAAUGAGGAGGGAAGAUGAGCAAGCAAACUCAAGCACCAGUUCUUAAAAUUAUGAUGUUUUUAUAAUGAUCAGCUUAAAUGGAAACACUUGAGGGGAGAGGAGGAGCCAAAUGGGGUUCGAUGGGUCUCUCAGCUGAACCAGUGGAGUGGGUCCUGUGGCCUCACCUUUCCAUCUAAUGUGGCUAGGAAGAGUGCCAGCUAAAGGAUAGCUAAUGAGGGAGAGAAGGGAGCAAAUAGAUCAUUUGUUAAACUGAAGGUGAACAGGACCAAUAGAGCAUUCCUGUAUCUGUUUUGUACAUGAACUACCUUUUUAUGUGGAUUUUAAUGCAUGCUAUGUUCCUGCUAGGGAUGCGGGUGGCGCUGUGGGCCUAGGGCUUCCCAAUCAGAAGGUUGGCGGUUCGAAUCCCCGCGACAGGGUGAGCUCCUGUUGUUUGGUCUCAGCUCCUGCCAACCUAGCAGUUCAAAAGCACAAAGUGCAAGUAGAUAAAUAGGUACCGCUCCAGCGGGAAGGUAAAUGGCGUUUCCGUGUGCUGCUCUGGUUCGCCAGAAGCGGCUUAGUCAUGCUGGCCACAUGACCCGGAAGCUGUCUGCGGACAAAUGCCGGCUCCCUCAGCCAAUAAAGCGAGAUGAGCGCCGCAACCCCAGAGUCGGUCACGACUGGACCUAAUGGUCAGGGACCCCUUUACCUUUACCUAUGUUCCUGCUAUUUACCUCUGAUUUUGCUACAACUCAAUCUAGAUGUUCUUGUUUUACUUAUGUUUGUGGAAAGUGAUUGAUAAAAACACUUUAAGCUCUAAACUUUUCAUUUCAAGAAGCUACAUCUAAUGGUACUGGGACAGACUUUUCUUAGAAGUGGCAUAAUAUGAAGUCUCUCUCUCUCUCUCCCCUCCUCUCCCAGGUGGCCCAGCAGGCAACCUUCCUGCAUGCUUUAUAUAGCAGAUGGAGAUUUUAUUUCUUUUAGAUAAGACUUAACUCCUUCCCAAUGUUUAAAGUUCUUAACAUAUUGCUGUCUUGGCAAUCCCUUUAAGAGGCUGUUUAACACUGGCAUUAUUAUCCCCGUAUGUUUUCCCACAUCAGUAGCAGCCUGUGUUGUGGCUCCACCACAACACCAGUGUCCUUGUGGCUUCUGAACACAGCGUGGCACUGGUGCUUCCCAGAAAGGGAAAUGCAAGGUGCAGGGAGCUUGGUGCUGGGCAGGUAUAUAAGUGCUGGAUUAGCUCUGGUGCACCACACAAUGCUGAGCUCCCUGUGCCUUGUCCCUUCCCCUCAUGCUGUGUUCGGAAGCCAGGAGGUCUGGGGUACCUCACCUUCACUGCCGCAUGGGCCACUGCUGCCCCACAUGCUUGUUUUUUUGUUAGUUUGUUGUGUUAAUAGCACCUAUGGGGAAUCCUGGGCAAACCCUGGACUGUGGCAGAGGGGCUAAGGAGGGAAAGUUGCUGGUUAGCUCAGUUGGUUAGAGUGUGGUGCUGAUAAUACCAAGAUCACGGGUUUGAUCCCUGUAUGGGUGCAUAUCCUGCAUUGCUGGGAGUUGGACUAGAUCAGGCUUCCUCAGCCUCGGCCCUCCAGAUGUUUUUGGCCUACAACUCCCAUGAUCCCUAGCUAGCAGGACCAGUGGUCAGGGAUGAUGGGAAUUGUAGUCUCGAAACAUCUGGAGGGCCAAGGUUGAGGAAGCGUGGACUAGAUAAUCCAUGGGGUCCUUUCUAACUCUAUGGUUCUAUCAUUUUAUCAUCUCUUUAUGAUGUCACUUCUCUUCCCACCCCAUCACAGUGAAAAAAACUGGUUUCUUGAAAGUUGCUACUUACAUCUUGAAUGAAGCCACUGUUGCCACCAAUACAAGCUUUCCUUGAACUACAAAUAGUAGUUUUAGCUGUUCAGGCUUUCACUCUAUUUACAUAACAAAAAAGCACAUGUGAAUUGCAUUCAUGCAAUUAUCAUGGCGGCUGGUUUCACCCUCAGGCUAACUCUUGGCUUAAGCUGGAUUUGAACGGAAGGCUUCCUGUUUCAUAGCUCAAGUUCCUAUCAGCUCUUACGUUUCUAGUUUUUAAUCUGUUAGUUCUCAGUUUGGCUGGAAAUUUGGGUGGUGGUUUUAUGGCUGCUGAAUGGUGGUGGUUGUAAUCUUUUACCCUGUGCAGGCCGUGUUGGCUUUAGCUGCGUCUUGGACUUCACGGCAAGUUGGGGAACGUACUUUAACUGGAACUGUUGUUGACAGUGGUGAUGGUGUGACCCAUGUCAUUCCAGUGGUAAGUAGUAUAUGUGUUCUGCAUCAUGUAUAUUCAACAUUAUGUGCUUUUCUUACCACAGCUGAAAAGCACAGGCAUAUUAUUAUGUGAAUUUUUGAAAUAAUAAGGAAGGGAAUUUAUUAAAUCAACACGUUUAACAUUUAGUAUCAGAAUGUGGUAGACACACACUGAUUUGAUCUCAAAUAAGACCAUGCUUUUAAGUGAAGCAUGUGAAGAUCUUGCUUGCCUUUUGAAAAUAAGGACAUAUAAAAACGGUGUUGUGUAGGAAAAACUAAGUUGUCCAGGAUCUCAGAAUCUAUACAUUAAGUCAAAGAACCCAAAUGAAAUUUUGAUUCCUGUUUCUUGAACAAAAAACUCUUGUUUUAUUGUAAACCACUUUGAAAGUCCAUUCAGAUUUACAAGUAGUAUGUGUUUAAAAUGCAAUACAAGUGGUAUUGCAUUUAAAAGAUUUAUAUCCUGCUUUGGAAGAGUCCUCAGUGUAGCUUCCACUUAAAAUUAAAUAGCACAUACCAUAAAAUCUAAGAUACAAUAAAGAUGACAAAUAAAGCAGCAGACAGCACAUUAAACCGAAACCAACACAGAAAGGUGGAAAAAAGAAUUCAACACAUGUCAAAUGCUUGAAGAAAUAAAACCCUCCCUUAGGGUGGGGGUUUCAUUGUCUGGAUAUUGCAACCAAAAAAGCCUUGUCCUGUGUCCCCCGCAUGCCUUUGAAGGUGUCAAGCAUUGAGAAGGGCCUUGAAUUUGCUGCCAAGGAGUGUGGUGGAGUCUCCUUCUUUGGAGGUCUUUAAGCAGAGGCUUGACAACCAUAUGUCAGGAGUGCUCUGAUGGUGUUUCCUGCUUGGCAGGGGGUUGGACUUGAUGGCCCUUGUGGUCUCUUCCAACUCUAUGAUUCUAUGAUUCUAUGAAUGUUGAACGCAGUGGUGGAGCAGAUUCAUGUGGUAGGAUGUGAUCCUUCAACUAUCCUAGUCCCAAACUGUUCAGGGCUUCGUAGGUAAUAACUGGCAUUUUGAAUUGCAGCUGGAAAUGAGUAGGACAUUAUGCAAAGCUUGACUAAUGUGCUCUUCAAAGAAGGCUCCAUCUGUAGAAGCCCAAAAAGGGCAUCUCGUUUUGCCCCAGCUGUAGUUUCUGAACGCUUUUCAAAGGCAGGCUCAUGAAGAAGAGUGCUUUGCAGUAAUUUCUAGUGCAGUUUGGCAAGGUGGUGACGUGGAUGAAAGAAAAGGGCAAAAUCCCCACUGGGACCAUGCAAACCUUUGGGUGCAUGAAAAGUAGCUUUUUGGAUCCCUGCCCAGGUUGAUUAAAAUAGCUGCUUCUCCCUUAGGGCAUGCUUUCAACUGUGCUUCUGUCGCUGCAGCUUAAUUCUUUUGGGACCCUGAAGAUGCUAAACUUCCAUUUAGAGCAUGAAAGUAAGAACUGGUUCACACAACUGUUUUGCUUGAACCAGGGCCCUUCUUAUUUCCAUCCUAGUUUAUAUUAUGCACUUGGCAAAUGGGUUGUCUUGAGCAUUUCUCAUGAGUACAUAUUUUGCAUGCCUGCCUAUUACGCUUUAGGCGACAGCAGUGCCAAAUGGUGGCUUCUUGUAGCAGGUGGCAUCUCAGGGACUGGUUUGCUGUGGGCCCAGUGCAAUCCAAGUUGAGGGAGAAAAAAGUUAGUCACCUGCAAGAGAGGUUGUAGGAACUGCAAGAGAGGUUGUAGUUGCUUGAUACCAACUUACUUGGGAGUCAGUCCCAAUGAACUAAAUUGGGCUUAUGUCUAAUCGACUUAUGUAUAGGAUUGUGCUAUAGGUAUGGCUUCUCUUGCGCUAUAAACGCUAGAUAGCAGCAACUGUUUGAACAUGUUGCUAUGGAUCUACUACUCAUAACCCCUUUUUCUCCUUCUCCUAUAGGCAGAAGGUUAUGUAAUUGGCAGUUGCAUCAAACACAUCCCCAUUGCAGGUAGAGAUAUUACAUAUUUCAUUCAACAGCUCCUAAGGGAGAGGGAGGUGGGAAUUCCACCCGAACAAUCAUUGGAGACAGCUAAAGCCAUAAAGGUAAACACUUUUGUGAAACUAACCAGCCUGUCCAGAAAUAGAUUGCCAGUGAAUCAUUGAAAUAUAACAACUUUGUUAUUCCCCCUGCCCCAUCUUUUCUCAGUUGUUUAUUACUAGUGGCUGUGUUCUGUGAUUGUUGCAGCACAGCGGUGCCAUGCAUAGACAGCUAGUUAGAGUUUUUGGGACCUGGGGAAAGGAAGUAAGAAGGAUAAUCUCCUGUAAUCUUGCACAUACUCUUGUCCCUUUGUGUCCUAUAAAGGAGGGGGUUGAUGGGGAAAAUAAGUUGUGAAAGGGAAACUAGGGUAGCGGUGACUGAGAAAGCAAGAAGAGGUGAAACUCAAAACUGGUGCAGAGUUGAGACUUUUAUUAAACUAAUUUCAAAAGCCCCAAACUUUUUAUUUGGCAAUCAUUUCUUCCUCUGAGGCAAUGGUUCUAUAUGUUCUGUUUCAACAAGGUGUCCUCAGAGUUCUGGUCCUCUUCCUCCUUAUAACAGAAAGGGAUAGAUGGUGCUUAUUGACAACCAGAGCAAAGCCAGCCAGCUAGAUCUGUCCCGCUUGCCAGUCAUAGGGAAGGGCAUCAACUUCAGUGGCAUAAGCCCCUUGGCUAUCCAAUCACAUGAGAUGAUUGCAGGCAUGCCUGCAAGUAAUUCACGUGAGCUAUGUUUUUCUCUGCAUUGGCUACGCAUGGGAAUUGCUUCUGGCCAUAAUUGCCUGCAGGAGCUGAUGUUCCUGGCGACAUAGAAAGAUCAUAUUUUGAGUAAACAGGCAGUCUGAUAUGCUGCAGUUCCACUUUUUUUACUUGUGCUUAUUAUGGGUGUCAAGGGGUUGAGACCCUGAAUUUUGGUUCAGAUGGCAAACCCUCCCACUGGUGUUUCCCAUAUAGCUGUUUUGCAAGGAAUAUUCUCUCUCUUCGACUGCAGAUCAGCCAGAGAGGAGAGUGCUUCUUUACAAGCACAGAGUGCCAUUUGCUCACAAGCAGUUGAUUGUAGCAUUUUUAAGACAGAUUCCUACUGAUUUGGAUGCUGCUGUGUCUCUUCUCAAUUGCAUGCCUAAGGCCACAGAUGUACACUUAAUUGGGAAUGAGACCUUAUUGCAUUCAGAUGGCCUAUCCCUUUAAUUCAAUAAAAUAAUUGUGUUUCUUCAUCUUUGUAUUUCUUCAUAGGAAAAGUACUGUUAUAUUUGUCCAGACAUAGUGAAGGAAUUUGCCAAGUAUGAUACAGAUCCACGCAAGUGGAUAAAGCAAUAUACAGGCAUCAAUUCAAUCAACAAAAAUAAAUUUAUCAUAGAUGUUGGUUAUGAAAGGUUUCUUGGGCCAGAAAUCUUCUUUCAUCCAGAGGUAAGAGUCUGCUGUAGUAGUGCAUGCUGUUGGCAUCCAUCUUUCUCGAGAGACAAUGGAGUGUGCCUCAGGGGGUGAAGACAGGCCGCUGUGGCACUGGAGUGAGCUCUCUGGGACGCAAGCCAGGGCAGUGUGUAUGGAGGUCCUGGGCUGCCCAGAUGACAAGACCCUCCUCUCAGAGAAAGCAAUGCGUUUGGCACCAUCUUGACUGCAGGAGUUGCUGGAAGGAGGCGUACAAGGCGCCAUCCAAGCACCUUAGGGACUCCACUCCGGAUUUGUGUAGGGUUAACUCCUUAUCCUUUUCUUUUCCUGAAGAUACCCUGCAAGGCAUAAGAGGUUAUGAUCAGAGCUUUCCUUCUCCUAGAUGGACUCCCUUCCCAGGUUGACGACCCCCAUCUGCCCCUCACUUCCCUCUAUAGUAUGUGCAGAAACCUGCCUUCUUGACUGUUAGACCCACUAUUGGUCUUGUCUGCUCAAUCCAGCGGAGUGUGUCUUUGCAUGCAGGGGAGGCCCCUAACUCACUGAGGGUUUGAGACCCAUCAGCUACCCUUACCUGGUUUAACCGGGCAGUUAAAGCUGUUUCCAGUGUGUGUCCACUGUCACAUGCUGACAGCGUCUAAGAGCCACAGGUGGACAGACUACCCCAGAAGGAGCAUGAUGUAUCCCCCGCCAGAGGUACUGCCCCUCCUCUAACACUCUAUACAACAACAAUAAUAUUAAAAGUAAUAAUUCUACUAGUCAUAUUAGGAAGGAAUGUAAUGGCACUUCUUGUGAGAGAGCACCACCUUGUGGCUGAAUCAUAGUAAGAUGCAUUAGAAUUAAAUGUACACACACAACUGUUAUUAACAGUUCUCUUUGCUUUCUAGUUUAGGGGAACUUACCAUGUAACACUGGUAACACGAGGGAGUUAGCCCUUAAUCUCCUGCAGUCUCUAUACUGAGAACAACUAGGAAUGGGUAUUAAGCGUUGUAUAAGCCAUGGAAGAAGCACUUCUUCCAUGAUAUGAUAUUAACAUAUUAUGUUAACUUAUAACUGUUGCAGAUAAGUUUGUGGUGGCUGCACUGAUGCCAAUGUAUUACAGAAGUUACUUGUUGCUCCCCUGUGUUAUUACAAAAUUGUUUUUGUACUGAGUUGGGUUUUUUUAAUGCAUUCCUGCUUUCUUUGUUGAAAGCUGCUUUGAGCAUGAUUUUUUCAUGUGUGGAAAACGACAUACAAACAAAGUGAAUGAAAAUGAAAAAAAGAAAGAAAGUUAACACCCACUGAUUAUCUGUGGGACAAACUGGUGGUAGACAAAUGGUAUUAAUUACUACUGUGGCUGCACGUGUGAGGUUUAAGUAGUAAGGAGGUGCUAUUACCAAUGUCAACUUGAGCUGUCUUUUGGGUGGAUCUGAUGAAGUAGGCUGUUGUCUGCAAAAGGACCUUGUCAGUCUUCACUGUGGCACAGCACUCUGAGACGUUUCUUGUUGCAAUGGGCUAACAUAGUCCUCUAAAUUAUGUCUCUUUAGCCUUUUCACCGCAGCCUUGCUUGUGUGUGCAUAUAAUGAACCCAUCACCUGUGUUUCUACUUACAUUUCUUUUAGUUUGCCAAUCCAGACUUUAUGGAAUCCAUUUCAAAUGUCGUUGAUGACGUUGUACAGAACUGCCCCAUUGAUGUUCGGCGCCCUUUAUAUAAGGUACAGUUUGGGGGGGGGGGUUGUCUUUUUUGGGGGAGGGGGUAACUUAAUGCAUGUUCAUUUGGUCUCCCAGAUAUUGUUGGACGCCAUCAGCCCCAUCCAGUAUGGCCAGUGGUCAGCAAUGAUGGGAGGGAACUCUAAUCCAGCACCAUCUGGAAGACCAUGGUUGAGCCACCUCUGACAUAGAGGAGCCUCUGUAAAGCGUAUUAUGUGUACAAAUCCCAAAACGAAUGAACAAAGAGUGAAAGCAGUUAGUUUUAUAAGUGACAGAAGCCCUUAAUCCUUUAAUAUCUAAGAGCAGUGGUCAUGUCUUGCUGGUGUGAUAGAUUGGCAGUACAAGUAAUAUUAACCAACUGCAAUCCCUAGAAGUUGAUUGUGUUAUUAUUGUUUAUUACGUUCGUAUACCACUCAUCAUCUAAAGAUCACAUGGCGGGAGAAAUCAUCUCACAGAUCCUGACUUAUUCCAAAGGUGAUAACCAUAGUUUUCUGUUUGGAUAAAACAGAAAAUUGUGGUUCCUUGGAGAACUCACUCUGUUGAUGUGCCCUGCAGGAAGAGGAGAGCAGGGAAUGCAUAUUUGGGCUUAUUAAGCUGCAAUACAACCAUCCAAAUGCAGCCAGGGGUGGGAAUUGGGGAAAACUUGAACUUUGAGAGGCACUUCCUGCAUUUAUUUCCCUUAAAAUAGGUAAGAACGUUGGUGAAAAGUUCCUGAAGGUUUGUAUAGACAUAAAGUGAGAAUGAGUGCUUUUGAUAGGUUCGACUUCCACAGGCUGGUUCUCAAGCUAUUCAUUAGCAUGGUAAUACUAGAUGAGACUCUUUUUUUAUAUAUAUAGUCAUCUCACUUUCAUCAGAAUGUCCUUAGUGUGGCAAGAUCUGGCAUUUGCCAUGUAAACAUACCUUUCGAGAAACUUAGUAAAUAGCAGACACUUCAGACAUACACUGUCUGUGGAGAUUCUGCUUCAGUAAUGACUGUAGAUGGAUCCCUCUCCCCUCCAUGAAUCUUUCUGUAAUAGGUUUUGAAAGCCACCUAAUCUGGUAGCUAGCUUUUGUUUGUGAAUUCUCUCCUGUACCUAACCCCAUUGAUGUUUGUGAAUUGUAUAAGCUAAUUAUGUGUAGGUUGAAGAUGCAGCCCUUAGCUUGUCUGGCUAUUCAUGCAUUAAUGAUGCCAGUUUCUGGGUAUUAUUUGGCUACUUCCCUAGAUGUGUCUAAAGAAUUGAAGGAAAAUAAGCUGGGAGGCAACCCUGAGAGAAAAGAACUGAAGGAAAAUGGGAGCCUUAUUGUCAUGUGGAUUCUCUGAGAAGAAAUUGAUUGUUAGCACUCUGGUAAUAACAAAGAGUGCUGCUCCUUCCCUGCUGGCUCCUUCCUUUUUGUAUUUCUAGGGUAUGUUAGUAAUUUAAAUGCUAAACACUGUAUUUGGGAGUCCCACUGCACUCUCCAUAGCAGGGAGCCUAGCUGAAGUCUGCUUUUAUUAAUUUCUGUCUUUCCGUUGGUUUCUCUUUCUUAAAUCUUUUCCAACUGGGAUUAAAUUACUUAGAUCUUCCCCGGAGUGCUCCAUAUUUUCCCCUGUUAUGCUGCUUUCUGAGCAUCAGUCAAUGUUCUCUUACACUCAGCUGACAAAAUUGUGCUCUUUUCAACAUGGCUGGCCAUGUGAGGUAGUAAUCAAAGAUGAUCACCUCCAUUCUGCAUUUCAGAGUGUUCCAGCUCUCCCCAAUCGUACAGGGUUCUAAUCACCCUCAUUUUGGGUACUUUCUUACCUUUUAAAAAUAAAAUUAAAAUUGCACAAUUUAAAUAGUAUUUUAUUUUGGAAUUGUAGCUGAUUGUAAUAGAACAAGGGAGGUUGAACAUUAAAGGAAACAUAUGGAUGAAAAUCAGUUGUUUCUAAAAAUGAAAUUUAAGUGAUCAAAUACUAUUAUAGUUGGUGACUGAUGCAAUUUUGAAACACACCAUGGGUGUAUCUAUGCUCUGUAACUUUGCACUGCUUGAAAUACAGCAGAUGGGACAUGUGUGAUGGGCCUGCUCAGCGGUGGUGUCUGGUUUUUUUUGUUAGAAGAUCAGCAAUUUUCACCUUUGAGUUCCUUAAAAGCUCUCAAGCGGAUGCCAUUUGGAUGCAGUGAUUUUUCAAAUUUCAAUUUGUCAGUAAGGCCUAGAACUUUGUCUCUUGUCAUAACCGUUUGCCUCAGUUCCUCCGAUUCCCUUCCUGAGAAAGUUAGUUCAGGCACAGGGAUCUGUUGUAUGUCUUCCACUGUGAAGACAGAUUGGAAGAAUUCAGCUUCUCUGCAAUCUCCUUUUCCUCCUUUUGAUUCCCUUUUUGUCCAAAAGUCCAGCCACCUCCCUAGCAGAAUUCAAGCUUCUCAUAAUGUAUUAAAACAUUUUGUUAGUGGUGGCCUUGUUUUUUUCGUGGUGUGCUCUUCUAAUUUAAAUGCUGUAUUGCCUGCUUCCUUUUCUUUUGCCAGAGUUUUAUGUUCCUUUUUGUUCGGAAGAUAGAAGCCUUUUUUCCUCAACUAGCUUUCUUCACUCUGCCCAUAAGCCAUGCUGGCAUCCUCUUGCUCUCAGUGGUACCUUUCUUGAGCUGCAGUAUGCAUUCUAGCUGAGCUUCUGUUGUUGUUGUUUUGACACUCACUCACCCAACACCAUUCUGGAGAGAUUUGAUCUUAUUCCUAUUCUUUUUGCCAACUUCCCUUUUUCACCAAGUUCCUCUGUUUUGGGAAGUUUUCCUUUUCUAAAGUCCAAAUGUGAUGGAAAUCAAUAUAUUUGACUUAAAUAGCUCUAUUGUCUUGCUGGACAAAAGGCAGUCUGCUAGGGCUGGGCGAUACCUGGUUUUCAACAUUACGAUAUAUCACCAGCUAAAUAUCACAGUGGGGACGUGGGUGGCGCUGUGGGUUAAACCACAGAGCCUAGGACUUGCCGAUCAGAAGGUCGCGGUUCGCAUCCCCACGACAGGGUGAGCUCCCGUUGCUUGGUCCCUGCUCCUGCCAACCUAGCUGUUCGAAAGCGCAUCAAAGUGCAAGUAGAUAAAUAGGUACCAUUCCAAUGGGAAGGUAAACGGCGUUUCCGUGCGCUGCUCUGGUUCUCCAGAAGCGGCUUAGUCAUGCUGGCCACAUGACCCGGAAGCUGUCUUCAGACAAACGCCGGCUCCCUCGGCCAGUAAAGCGAGAUGAGCGCCGUAACCCCAGAGUCAGUCACGACGGGACCUAAUGGUCAGGGGUCCCUUUACUUUUAAAUAUCACAAUAUCAAUAUUGUGAUAUAUAUCUGUGGCAGCAGAGGGCCUUGCUGAGUCUCCCAGCGGCAACAGAGUGUCCCGCCAUACCUCCCCGCAGCAGUGGAGGGUGUGCCGCGCUUCCCCGCAGCAGCCGAGGACCUUGACGAGGCUCCCUGCGGCGAUGGAAGGUCUUAAAAUGCAAGGAAGUAGUAGAUUUAAUAAAAACUUUAAAUAAACUUCCAUAUAAUAUAUUUAACAUAUUUUCAGCUAUUUUUAAAAGUAGUUUAAGUGAUUUACUAGUCACUGGUAUAUUGCCUUAUUGAAACACUUACCAUGAUGUUAUUUCAGUACCGGUAUUCAAUGAUACAGCGAUUUAUCACACAGCCCUACUGUCUGCUGGAUAAAAACAAAGGUCCUAAGCUGUGAAGGCUGAUUAAAGAAAUGCCUUCAAACCAUUAAGGCUGUUCAAAGAUGUUAGCUUAAAAGCUGACCGUGAUAGAUAGGUGGCACUGUCUGAUCAACAUGACAUACCUGGCUGCACUGCCUAAUAAUUAAAUAUGGUAUUUCUUUUCAUUACAACUGGAGUUUAUUUUCAGAAGCUGCCCUUGGUUCAUGGUAGGACUAUACUUACUUGAAUGUUCUUGUGCAGCACAGUGAAAACUGCAGAAUAUAGAUUGCAGCAUGCAAGGUGAUAGCAGGGUAGCUCAACUUCUUUUGCUUAUAUGAAAGUGGGUCAGCACAAGGGAGAGAGUGAGGAAUAAUGAAGAUUCAGGUGCAGACAGACUCUCAUCAUUAGGUCACAAUACUUAUACAUUCUGUACUUUUUAGAGCACUUAAAAAAAAUGCCACUAAGACUCAUGGCACUCAAAAGUCAGAGUCUGUCCAAGAAGAUAUAGGCUGUUGCUAUGGGAGACCCAAGUGCCUUCCUCUCUCCCCCAGUCAUAUGUAUUUUAAGAAUAAGGAAAACAUGCAGAAGAUACAAGACUUCAAGAUACAUAAACAAAGUUUUGGAAGAACUGGGCAUGGAGGAAGAGGUUAAUUUCCUUCGUAAUAAUAAUAAUUUAUUAUUUAUACCCCGCCCAUCUGGCUAGGUUCCCCCAGCCACUCUGGGCGGCUUCCAACCGAAUAUUAAAAACAAUACAGCAUAAAACAUUAAAAACUUCCCUAAACAGGGCUGCCUUCAGUUGUCUUUUAAAAGUAAAAUAGUUGUUUAUUGCCUUGACAUCUGCUGGGAGGGCAUUCCACAGGGCAGGCGCCACUACUGAGAAGGCCCUCUGCCUGGUUCCCUGUAACCUCAGUUCUUGCAGCGAGGGAACUGCCAGAAGGCCCUCAGAGCUGGACCUCAGUGUCCAGGCUGAAAGAUGGGGGUGGAGACGCUCCUUCAGGUAUACAGGACUGAGGCCGUUCCUGAGCGCAAAUCACCCCAUGUAUGAGAUAAGCCAACAAGAGGCAGUAAUGGCCACCGACUUGGAUGGCUUUUAACAAAGGAUUAUACCAAUUACUUGAGGGUAAUUCUGUCAAUGACUACAAGCCAUGAUAGAGGCUAUGCUCUGCCUCCAGGGACCUUGGAGGUGGAAUUUCUUUUGUAUACCAGUUGCUGGAAACUUCAGGAGGGGAGAUUGCUCUUGUGCUUCGGUCCUGCUGGUGGGUUGGUCAACGUGAGCACAGGAUGCUGGACUAGAUGGGCCAGUUUGAACCACCCCCUCAGUCCUGCUAUAUACCUUUAAAAGCCACCUAUGCUGUUGCAUUAAUGUUGCUGCUUUUAGUUGACCCUGCAUGUGUUUCUGUGCCUAUUGAGGCAGGGCAGGUCUGUCUUAGGUCUUUCAGGAUUGGAAUCCCUUUCUUCGUGUUUAUUUUCAAAGUGUCUCUGUGUUGUUAAGGCUAAGGGCAGAUUUACAUAACCCCAAAACAGCCUUGAGCGCAUUGUAAACUUGCAGCAUUUUAUAGUUGCUAGCUUGGUAAGCUGGUUGUCUGCUUAUGGCUACACAGUGGCUUAUGGUCACUGGCAUGAUCAGUUUUCCGAAUGACCAAAUGUAACGUGGCUUUAGCAUAUUUGUGUCCUGUUCUUCCUCCAGUGGCCGUGCACAUGGCGCUUUAUCUCAGAAUUGCCAUGUGCUCAGUGCUGCUCCUGGGUCAUAUAGCCUAAAGGGCAAAAACUGUUCCAUUUCUUUGCCCUAUAGAAUGUGGUUCUUUCAGGAGGAUCCACGAUGUUCAGGGAUUUUGGGCGCCGGCUGCAGAGAGACUUGAAGAGGGUCGUAGAUGCUCGACUGAAAACCAGCGAAGAGCUCAGUGGUGGUCGGAUAAAGGUAAACGGGUUUUACUGUCUAUUAAAUGCCUGAAUGAGCAAAGCAAGUGCACAUGUAGCUCUGUUAAUGAGGCCUUUAAAUCAGAUGACAUUUUUACUAGAGUACUAAAAGCAUCUAGUGAAGCCAAAGCCCAGACCUGAGAUGCUGCAGCAAAGGGGAGAUGGCUUUAACUGGCUCUAGCACUUGAGGAGGUGAUGUGAUGAGCACUGCUUCUGACUGUUUCUGGAUUUUUCCCAAUCCAAAGGAAUCGCAACAUUCAGAAGGCCUCUAGAAUUUUCUUUUCUUUUCUUUUCUGGAAACAUUUUUAUUGUUUGAACAACAAAAACAGAACAAUAACAUGAUAAAUACAAUAAUACAAAGAAAUACAAAAAUAGUCCCCAUAUCCAAUAACUAAUAGUCCACUCAUCCUCAUGGGUCUCUCCACAGUGUGCCAUGGGUUACCAAAAUAAGUGCUAUAUUCGAAGAAUUUCAAGCCUGCUGCAAAAAGCCAUACCAAUUACCUGUAAAGUCAUCCUCCUUAGUGUUUGCACUUUGUUAAUUUCUCUAAGAAAUCAACAUGCCUCAUAUAACUACGCCAUUCCAUUAUACUUCCUCCCUUAUACCACCAAUUAUUCGCCAUCACCAGGAUAAACAUAUAUUUUUUUUUAUAUGGAGGAUCUUGUUUCUGACCAUCAUAUAUAUUCAGCAGUGCCAGAUAUAGCUUUGCUUCUUUGCCCCCCCAAGCAUUUUAGCUCAUUCCUCCAAUAUCUGUUCUCUAGAGUUUCCAUUUUGCCACAACUGCAAGGUGUUGCUGGUUCAUAACCGAACUAGGUCUCUUCAGCAGUUGGAGGUGCUGAUAUGAAAAUUUAGACCUGCAAAAUGGAACCACAGUGUAGAAAUGAUAGAAGCCGGGAUAUACUUCUGCAUUUCCUUGUCCAUUUCCCUCUGGACUGUAGAUGACAAUGCUGUGAUUCUAGCAUCCUUUUGCAAGAAGGUGGGAUGUGUGGAUGGGGAGCUGAGAAUGUGUUUUGAGGUGCCUGGAUCUGGCAUGUGCCAACUAUGCAGGAGAGGAGGUAGAAGCUGUUUGAAGCGGUGGGGACUUGCAACAGGUGUGGGAUCCAGACAGGGCAAGCUGCAUGAAUGCUGGAUAAGUAAUCUGUACCAGCCUCAGUAUAUCUGUUUGUCUCUGCAUAGCUGGACAUUCAGAAUUCUCCUUCCCUCCUCUCAUAGCAACUAUCUGGGAUCAAGGUACAGUUGCUGCUCUGACCAGGUUCAGUUAAUCAAGGUCAUGCUGUGUUUUGAUGAUACUGAACUGCUGGUUGUGUUUGCUUUUUCAGCCCAAACCUGUUGAAGUUCAAGUGAUAAGUCACCAUAUGCAGCGCUAUGCAGUCUGGUUUGGAGGAUCAAUGCUUGCAUCAACAGUACGUUUCUUAUGAAAACACUUCGUUAUAGAAUAACAUUACUGGAAAAUAAUUGGAGGCCAUCUCCUCCAAUCCCAUGCACGGUGGCAUAAUUCUCCUUAGAUAAAGGAGAAUUAUUACAAGAUUAACUUUCGUUUGGUGUUCUUUCCAUUGCUGGGUAUUGUUUUAUUUUGCAUUAUCAUAUGGAGCUCUACUGUCUUCUGUUUCAGGGGUAGCCAACAUGGUUUCCUCCAAAUGUUGUUUGACUUCAAGUCCCAUCAGCUCUAGCUAGCAUGACCAAUAGUCAAGGGUUGUGGGAGUUUUACUCCAAAAACGUUGGGAGGGCACCACUUUUUAUUUUCUGUUUUGUUUAAUUUUGCAGGCUAGAUCUGAAAUUUUACAUUCAUAUUUACUCAUUAUGGCAUAAUUUGUGGUGAAUUGUAGGAAGGUAUGCCUUGACCUCUCCUGAAUUGUAUUGUAUUAUUAAGUAAUAAUAAUUACUGUUGAGGGUCGCAAUGCAUUUUGGAGUGUUUGUGUAUAUGUAUGCCUGAAACCAAGACAAUUGGCCACUGUUGUUUCUGAAGUCCAAUCUCUCUGCUACUAUCACUGUUUCCAAUCCAACAUCCAAGAGGGCAAUUAGAGUACAGUGGAACCUUGGUUGUUGAACAUAAUCCGUUCCGGAAGAGGUUCGACUUCCGAAACGUUCGACAACCGAGAUACAAUGGGCGGUCAGCAAUUUAAAUGGAGAAAAUGGAGAAACGUGCCUCAGAAGCCGUCCGACUUCCAAGGCAUGUUUGGAAAUGGAAGCAUUCACUUCUGAGUUUUCGGCGUUCGGGUUCCGACCCACCCGGCUUCCGAGACGCUCCAAAAGCGAGGUUCCACUGUACAUUGAUUAACCUUCUUUUGCACUUACCACACUUGUUUCGUACUUGCUUUGUAGUAUGCUUUGUUAUUAAUCUUGGUUUGUUUGCUUCUUCAUAUGCACCUCACUUUCUCUGUUUGUUUUCUCAGUCAGAGUUCUUUGAAGUAUGUCACACCAAGAAAGAUUAUGAGGAAUACGGUCCUGGUAUUUGCCGCCACAAUCCUGUCUUUGGAGUUAUGUCUUAAUUCUCGUUGUAUGGUGGUGCCUGCUCUUGUGUCUAAUGGAGAUCCUUUUGCUGGCGAGGAGAAGAAAGCACUUUGUGUAAAUAUCAGAACACAAGUGUCAAUGUUCACUUGCCUUGGGGAGGAAGACUUCAGUCCUACCGUGUGCAGUGGAAUCAAUCAUUGCAAUGAAAUGGACAACCCAGAACCUUUUGAACAAAAGUCACACGUAUGCUGACGAUUUGAGACUCUCCUCAGCAUUAGCUUCUAGACAUAAGGGGCAGCUCCUGUUUGGAAGAUGGUGGAAACAGGAAUUGCAGGGAUAAACAGAGGCCAAGAAAAAAAAAAGCCAAAAUUGCUUUAAAACUUCUGGAACAGGGAAGAGUGCUCAAAAGUUUCCUGCAUUGAUCUCAGCCCUGCAGCCCAAUAUGUAAGGAGGAGAUUUUAUGCUUGAAAAUUACCCCUUCAAUUUCAGUGGGUCCUCUUGAGACUUCAUGGUCUUCCCUGAACAGAUGAGAUUGUAAAAUGGGGCCUUAGUUUGUAGAAAAAUUAAAAGUACUGUAACCUUGCAAUACAAAUGUUUUAUUUUGGAGAAUUUUGUAUUUUACGACAAUUAUCAGGUGGGUUUUCUGAGUGAGCACAAAGAACUAGCGAUGCAUGAGGAUUGUGGGAGCGAUGCCGCUUUCUGGUUGAGGCAUAGAGUGGAAUGCCUUGGUGAAGCAAGAAGGCUCUCUAUGAGUAUGUAAGUGUGUUUUUGAAAAUGGUACUGCUUUUUAUGUGAGUGAGAUGAAUUUUUAAGCCUCCGAAAGUAAUGUAUGAGAUUUAUUACUGCUAUUUAUUUAAUUUGUGUUUUUUUUAUUUUAUUUGGGGACUAGUGAGUAGUAGUUGGCUACUGAUCAAAUAAAAGCUGUGAACAUGGUCACACAGAUAACUGUUCUUGUGGUUAAAUUGCUUCUUGUUGAAGGUUCCAUUUCUGGGAAAUUCCACAUUUGCUCAAGAAUGGGCUAGUUUGUCCCUAUACGUUUGGGAAAGAGCAUGCCCGGGGGUCGCAGAUAUAAGCUUUAUGACUGUAAAUAGAUCAGUCCCACUCAUAUCGUGUACCAACAGUAGCAGUAGAAGAAUGUAGAAGAUUUAGUUGGUUGGCGCUGCUAUAUUGAAGUAAAGACAUAACCUCAGGUUGGCACUUUGACAUAGUGGGUUGUAAUCAGUAGCAGAAAGCAUAUUCCACUCAUGCAAGGAGCGCCCCUCCCCCCACUAUUUUUGCUGGUCCCUCCUACCCACUUAAUUGCCACACCCAAAAAGUUGAUGCUGAGGGUUAGGGGACCCUCUGGAAUAGUUCUGGAUAUUGCAAAAAGGUCUGCAGUAGGUACAGGGAUCAGGGAAAAUUGGGUUGUGUGGUCAGAAGGAACCACUGAGUGCAAAUGACUGUAAAUAAGCCUGCUCUCCCCACUGCCUUUUAUUGUAUAUUUAUGCACAAAUGUGGGGAUUAUGUGAAAGGUGGUAAACCUCCAGAGCUCCUCCUUGGGUCUUUCUCUGGUCAUAUGCAAGAAGCAAGCAAAUAACCUUUGUUGCGGGAAUUAUACAAGUAUUUUCUUCAUAAAACAUGGGCUGAAGACAUUCAGUGACAGCCAUAAGAAUUCAGGAAAAGUUAUGAAGUCCAAGUUGUUGGAGCUUUGAAAUCCUGUCCAAUGUUAGAAGAGAUUACCUGCAUUUGCCCAUCAAAUCUCAGGUGAAUUGGUGUCAUAGAAUCAUAGAAUAUUUGAGUUGGAAGAGACCACAAGGGCCAUCGAGUCCAACCCCCUGCCAAGCAGGAAACACCAUCAGAGCACUCCUGACAUAUGGUUGUCAAGCCUCUGCUUAAAGACCUCCAAAGAAGGAGACUCCACCACACUCCUUGGCAGCAAAUUCCACUGUCGAACAGCUCUUACUGUCAGGAAGUUCUUCCUAAUGUUUAGGUGGAAUCUUCUUUCUUGUAGUUUGGAUCCAUUGCUCCGUGUCCGCUUCUCUGGAGCAGCAGAAAACAACCUUUCUCCCUCCUCUAUGUGACAUCCUUUUAUAUAUUUGAACAUGGCUAUCAUAUCACCCCUUAACCUCCUCUUCUCCAGGCUAAACAUGCCCAGCUCCCUUAGCCGUUCCUCAUAAGGCAUCGUUUCCAGGCCUUUGACCAUUUUGGUUGCCCUCCUCUGGACACGUUCCAGUUUGUCAGUGUCCUUCUUGAACUGUGGUGCCCAGAACUGGACACAGUACUCCAGGUGAGGUCUGACCAGAGCAGAAUACAGUGGCACUAUUACUUCCCUUGAUCUAGAUGCUAUACUCCUAUUGAUGAGGCCCAGAAUUGCAUUGGCUUUUUUAGCUGCCGCGUCACACUGUUGGCUCAUGUCAAGUUUGUGGUCAACCAAGACUCCUAGAUCCUUUUCACAUGUACUGCUCUCAAGCCAGGUGUCACCAUCUUGUAUUUGUGCCUCUCAUUUUUUUUGCCCAAGUGCAAUACUUUACAUUUCUCCCUGUUAAAAUUCAUCUUGUUUGUUUUGGCCCAGUUCUCUAAUCUGUCAAGGUCGUUUUGAAGUGUGAUCCUGUCCUCUGGGGUGUUAGCCACCCCUCCCAGUUUGGUGUCAUCUGCAAAUUUGAUCAGGAUGCCCUUGAGUCCAUCAUCCAAGUCGUUGAUAAAGAUGUUGAAUAAGACCGGGCCCAAGACAGAACCCUGUGGCACCCCACUAGUCACUCUUCUCCAGGAUGAAGAGGAACCAUUGAUGAGCACCCUUUGGGUUCGGUCAGUCAGCCAGUUACAAAUCCACUGAGUGGUAGCAUAGUCGAGACCGCAUUUUACCAGCUUCUUUACAAGAAUAUCAUGGGGCACCUUGUCAAAUGCCUUGCUGAAAUCAAGGUAGGCUACAUCCACUGCGUUCUUGGUUAACACAUCCAACGCAUAUAUUCUUGAUGAGAUCCUGACUUCAUUGCACUUAGUUCCCAUGGAAAUCAAUGUAGAAAGUUGCAUUGAUUUCAGUAGGCACUAAAUGCAACCAACUUGGUCAGGAGCUAACCCAUUGUGUCUAAUGUACAAUCGUAAAAGAAUGCAAACUCCUGACCACCAAAUAGUUUAUUGUCAACGAAUUUGAGCUCAAAUUUUUUUUUUAAUUGUUAAUUCGAGGUGGUUGGCUUUCCAUCCCACCAGCCUAUCCAUUGGGUUGUCUCACUAGUAAAUGUUUAAUAAGUCUUGGGUUUCCUUGUUAUAAAUCUGAAGAACAUUGUGCAUAUGUCUCGCCAUGGAACUUUCAAUUAAAUACAAUUAGCAAAGCCUUGACGUGACUUGAAGUGCUGAUCUUCCUGUAAAUAAUUCAUUCUUUAUGAUCAUGCUGUUCUCUCUCAUCUGGAAAAAAAACACAGUUCUGCCAAACGAGUGUCUGAAGAUGCCAGAGCGAAAAGCUUACUCAAAACCACUAGGGAAAGGGAUGGAAGCAGGAAUGUAUAAUCUUCUGCUUAAUUGAAAAGCAUUACAUAAUGUCGGAGUUGCUGUGAAAUGAAGUAAUACAGUCUGGUACGGCUGUGACCAGUGAUGUCGAUUUUUCUUCUUGACCAGAAUUUGUUUUAACGCUUUUUUGUUAAGGGCUUCGUGGAAGGGCAAGGGAAGGGAAGAGGAGUUUUGUGGGAGCAAAGCGAAGCAGUCAAAAACUUCAAAAAACACUUUUGAUACUCUUGUAGCACAGUUUGGGAAAGGUAGACUGCAUAAAAACAACAAUCUACAUGUACAUUUGGUUGAAAACAUAUUUUCAAUAGGUAGUAAAAGCUUGACACCAAACUGGAAAGAAGUAAUCAGCAAUAGUCUGGUCAGGGUGGAGUUCUUAAGUAUCGGUAUCUUCAUUAGUGAGCUUGCUGAGGGGAGGGGAUAUAACACUUAGCAAAUUAGCUGGUGACACAAAACUGAGAAAAACUGCAAACAUUUUAAUAAUAAUAAUUUUUAUUUAUACCCCGCCCUCCCCAGCCAAGGCCGGGCUCAGGGCGGCUAACAAGCAAUAAUAAAAAUAAGUUGAAUGAAUACAACUUAAAAACAAAAUUAAAAUACAACAUUAAUAUAUUGAAACAUUAAAAUAUUAAAAUGUAUCCUUGUCGCAGGAGG